AUUGUGUCCAAUUAAAAAAAUUUUUUUAUUAACCUAGUAUUUGUUUUUUGUCUCUGUAUAGUUCUUACAGCUUCAUUCCCAGGUAUUUCUACUCAGUUCAGAUGAAAGUACAGUUAGUCUAUUGAAGAACGGUUCUCUCCAGGCUGAGUCUGAUUUCCAAAGGAAUGAUCAACAUAUUUUCAAGACACUUACUUCAGAAUCCCCAGGAUUAAAUGAUAGAACCUCCUGUCCCCACUGGUUUGACAUAAAUGAUUCCAAAGUCCAACCAAUCAAGGAAAAAGAUAUUGAACGGCAGUUUCAGGGUAAAGAAAGUGCCUACAUGUUGUUUUAUCGGAAAUACCAGUUGCAGAGACCCCCAGAAGCUCGAGCUAAUCCAAGAUACGGGGUUCCAUGUCAUUUGCUGAAUGAAAUGGACGCAGCCAACAUUGAACUGCAAACAAAAAGGGCAGAAUGGGAUUCUACAAACAAUAAUUUUGAGUUGCAUCUCCACCUGGGCCCUCAUUAUCAUUUCUUCAAUGGGGCUCUGCACCCAAUCGUCUCUCAAGCAGAAAGUGUGUGGGAUUUAACCUUUGAUAAAAGAAAAACUUUAGGAGAUCUUCGACAGUCAAUAUUUCAGCUGUUAGAUUUUUGGGAAGGAGAUAUGAUUCUUAGUGUGGCAAAGUUUGUACCAGCAGGACUUCAUGUUUACCAGAUGCUUGAUGGGGAUGACCUGAUGCUGUGUGAAAUGGAGAUUGCAGACGGGGAAGACCUCUUUGUAUGGAAUGGGGUGGAGGUUGGUGGCAUCCAGAUUCCAACCGGGAGUGACUGUGAACCUCUGCUCUUAAAUGUUCUUCAUUUAGCAACAAGCAGCGAGGGGGAAAAGUGUCAGCAGUUGGUAGAGUCUCCACACGUCUUUCCAUCCAAUGCAGAAGUGGGUGCUGUGCUCACUGCCCUGGCAGUGCCCGUGGGUGUCCUCUUCGUCAGCGCCACGGACCCUGCCGGGGAAGAGAACUGGGUCGCUGUUCCCAAGGAAGACCUGAAGAAGACGUUCAGAGAGCAGGGCCUCAGGAACAAGAGCUCGGUUCUCGUUCAGGAUUCUAGAGAUGAUAACAGUUUGUUGCUCAAACAAGGGAAAUGGUUCGCUGGUAUGAAUGAGAUCAACUGGCUCCAAGUUCAAAAUUUAUGUGAAUUAGAAUCCGAAGAGAAGCAAGUUAAAAUAUCAGCAACUGUGAACACAGUGGUGUUUGAUCUUCGAAUUAAAGCCAUAAAGGAACUAAAAUUAAUGAAGGAACUAGCUGAGAACAGCUGUUUGAGACCUAUUGAUAGAAAUGGGAAGCUGCUUUGUCCAGUGCCAGACAGUUACACUUUGAAGGAAGCAGAACUGAAGAUGGGGAGUUCACUGGGACUGUGUCCUGGAAAAGCGCCAACUUCCUCUCAGCUGUUCCUGUUUUUCACUGUGGGGAGUGAUGUUCAGCCUGGUACAGAGAUGGAGAUCAUAGUAGAAGAAACAAUAUCUGUGAGAGAUUGUUUGAAGCUCAUGCUGGAGAAGUCUGGCCUACCGGGAGACACGUGGCAUUUACGAAAAAUGGAUUGGUGUUACGAAGCUGGAGAGCCUUUAUGUGAAGAAGACGCAACCCUGAGAGAACUUAUGAUAUGCUCUGGAGAUACUUUGCUUUUAAUUGAAGGAGAACUUCCCCCUCCGGGUUUCCUGAAGGUGCCCGUCUGGUGGUACCAGCCUUGGGGGCCCAUGGGUCACUGGAAGAGUCAUCCGGACCAGAGGACCGGUACCCCUUCUCCAGGUGGGGUCUGGAGGGCUGCUUCCACCCAAGGCGCUCCUGGUGACCUGCACGGGGAGGUUUCCCUCCGCUACUUGGGGGACCUCGAGAUCUCCGAAGAUGCCACCCUGGCAGAGCUGAAGUCCCAGGCCAUGACCUUGUCCUCCUCCUCGGAGUUCGUCAUCCCCUCCCCAGCCUUCCUCAGAGCCUGGACCGUGGAGAGCCAGCGCCCCGGCAGGCUUUUACGAACCAACCGGCAGCAGCUCAAGGAAUACAGACUGGGAAGGAAAACUGAGGUCUGCUUAGAGCUCCUUCAGAAAGAAGAAAAUUUGGGCCCCCAGGACGUGGUGCUAAGGACGCGGAUGCGCCUCCCCGGCGAGAGGGCCUACGCCCCGUGCGUGGACCUGGUGUGGGACACGGCCCGAGGCUGGACGGCUGGCUCCCUGAGGCAGCGAGUCGCCCACUUCUGCUCUCUUCCCGCGGAGAAGAUUGAAAUUGCCAAGUACUUCCCCGAAAAGUUUGAGUGGCUUCCGAUAUCGAGCUGGAACCAGCAACUUACCAAGAGGAAAAAGAAAAAGCAAGAUAAUUUGCAGGGGGCGCCUUAUUACUUGAAAGACGGAGACACAAUUGGUAUUAAGAAUCUCCUGGUUGAGGAUGACGAAGACUUCAGUACAGUCGCAGAUGACCUGGGAAAGAAAAGCCAGGAAGCCCUUCGUGUGCAGAGCAGUGACCUUUCCUCCCAUGCCAGGACGCCCGGCCGGCCCCGUGCCCCAGAAGCUUCUCUCUCCAUCCACGUGGGGAGUUUCAGAUAGCGCGGGGGGCGGGGGGCGUGCGGGCAGGCGUGGCGGUUUUCUGCCUUCUGCAGACACGGACUCCGAGUCCUGCCCUUCGUCACCAGCAGGGGCCUUCCCGCCUCAGGCCAGCCAAGUGCACGUUAUCCGGGGGCUGACCCCGACCCCGGCCGCCGUUCGUAGAAGAAAACUCGCUAGUUUUGCAUUAACCGCGGGCACGGAUAAAAUGGCACAGCGCUGAGCCCGGACCCGUCUGCUGCGUGAAGCCCGCACGUUGCCCCUUCCGGGCCUUACCCUGCUCGCGGGAGGCCUGGGGGCCUGAGCGGACGACGGCUCCCGGCGGGCGGGCUGUUUCCGGCCCCUCGGCGCGCCAGCCCCCUGCGGUCUGAGUGGAAACGGACUCUGAAGCCCCCGCCGCCUUUCCAGCUAAAGGAAGGGGACGCACGGCUCGGUGCGUCCUCGGCUGCAGCUGCGCGGCCGGCGGCCGUGACCGCAACGUUCUGGCCGCCUGCACGCGCCGCGGCCUCUCGGUGCCUGGAGGCUCGGUGGUGGCGGACGAGCCAGCGUGGCCUGAGUCGCCUCCGCGCCGGAGACAAGACGUACACCGGGACGGUGUUCCUCCCCCCGAAGCACGGCCCGCACCUAUUCCCGGGCCGGCCGACGGCGCCGGGGGGGGGCUCACGGCCUCAGAGUCCGGCCGGGCCGCAAGCAGGGCUCCUGGCGGGGAGCUCUUCGCUCUCCUAGGCCGGGUGAGGCUUCCGAGCCGGCAGGACAGCCGUGAACCGGUCUCGGCCGCGCCACGGCUCCGGCGGGCGAGGUGCGCGUGGUGGCGCCCCGGGUUGAAGGGCCGCGGCCGCGGGGGGCGGGGUGCAAGCCGCCCGGUGCCUUUACUCUGACCGAAGCCCCUCGGUCUGCCCCUUCGUCUUACGGAGGCCAAGCUGUGAAGCACUCGCCGGAGGCCGCGCCUCCAAGGACCCGGCCAGGAGCCUCAGGCGGCUCUGCGCGCCUUCGCUGUGGGCAGGGGUGGGGCUCGGGGGGGCUCUAAGAGUUUGUUACACCUUAGGUUUUCGGGUCGUGGUCUCCCCGUUUCUGCACCAACUGUUGCACGUUCUCCUGGGCUUCCCCCCCCGCCCCCAAGUGCACUUCAGAUGCUAAAUAAACGUUUAUUCUUCAGAAAUACCAUA